GUAAGCUUUUCUUCUAUUUCAUCCACAACUCAAUUUUCUUUUCUUUGCUUAUUGCCAUGGCUUGUACCAAACUACAUUUUCCAAUUACCGCGACGACUCUGCUGGUGAUACUUAUAUUGGCUACCUUAGAUUUCACAGGAGCACAAACAGGAGUUUGUUAUGGAAGAAAUGGGAAUGGAUUACCAUCUCCAGCAGAUGUUGUGGCUCUAUGUAAUCGAAACAAUAUACGAAGAAUGAGAAUCUAUGAUCCUCAUCAACCAACUCUCCAAGCCCUUAGAGGCUCGAAUAUUGAACUCAUACUAGGCGUGCCAAAUCCUGAUCUUCAGAAUAUCGCGUCUAGCCAAGCUAACGCGAAUGCUUGGGUCCAAAACAAUGUUAGGAACUAUGGUAAUGUUAAGUUCAGGUAUAUAGCUGUUGGAAAUGAAGUUAGUCCAUUAAAUGGUAACGCGCAGUAUGUGCCUUUCGUGAUCAAUGCAAUGAGAAACAUUCAGAACGCGAUUUCUGGUGCUGGUCUAGCAAACCAGAUCAAAGUUUCUACUGCUAUUGAAACCGAACUUACUACAGAUACUUACCCUCCAUCAAGAGGCAAGUUUAAAGACAACGUCCGAGGGUAUGUUGAUCCCAUCAUUAGAUUCUUAGUAGCUAACCGCUCACCUUUACUUGUCAACAUAUAUCCUUACUUUGCAAUAGCAAACAAUCAAGCUAUUAAGCUUGACUACACGUUGUUUACAUCCCCUGGAGUUGUUGUAAAUGAUAAUGGAAGAGAAUACCGCAACUUAUUUGAUGCACUGUUAGAUGCUACAUACUCAGCCCUUGAAAAAGCCGGUGGUUCAUCUUUGGAUAUCGUUGUAUCAGAGAGCGGUUGGCCUUCAGCUGGAGCAGGGCAAUUGACCUCUAUUGACAACGCGAGGACUUACAACAACAACUUGAUUAGACAUGUGAAAGGAGGGAGUCCGAAAAGACCAUCAAAGCCUAUUGAGGCAUACAUUUUCGCGUUGUUUAAUGAAAAUCUCAAGAGCCCUGAAAUUGAGAAACAUUUUGGACUGUUUACACCAAACAGGCAGCCAAAAUACCCAAUCAGUUUCAACUAGCUAGACUAUGCUACGGAAUAAGAGUUGUCGAUCUUUUCUUCUUAUAAUAUGUAGUUGAAUAAUUGAAUCGUUGCUCAACUUGAACAGAGAGCAACCCUUCGCGCGUGAUAUGUACUCAUCCUACAUGCUUAUAUAAGGCAAUUAUCUAUAUCUGAACUUUUUUUUCCUCUAA